AUGAUGGACUACGGUGGAUAUUUCAAUUCGCCGCCAACCGACGCGGCGACGGCGACGGCGGCCGCCGUCAGCGCCGCUUCAACCGUCGCCAAUCCGUUCUUCAUCGGCAAUGGCUAUUCGACACAAUCGACACAGAAUCUCUACCAUCAGUAUGCGAACCCUUAUUUGGCGGCUAGCGGAAGGACCGUUCAAAAUCACAGCUCUCAAGGCUCCUCCAGCUCAUCGAAUAACACUAGCUAUCGCAACUCCACACAUGAUUCUCUUCAGGCAUUCUUCAACACAGGCCUCCAAUAUCAGCUUUAUCAAAAGUCGCAGCUCAUAACCGGCAGCGAAGGCUUGCAGCGCGCAAGCAAUGGUGUAAUCGCAGGAAUCCCCGGAAGCUCUCUAGUCGGAGCACUGUGUGGCGGCGGCAACCCGGCGGAACGUCGAAAGCAGCGCCGAAUUCGGACAACGUUCACGUCGGGACAACUCAAAGAGCUCGAACGCGCGUUCUGCGAGACCCACUAUCCGGACAUUUAUACGAGAGAGGACAUCGCGAUGCGAAUCGAUUUGACUGAAGCCCGGGUGCAGGUGUGGUUCCAGAAUCGACGCGCCAAAUACCGAAAGCAGGAGAAGGUGCGGCGAUCGAAAGAGGAGGCCGCCAGCGACGGCGACGUUGGGAUGACGGAGAAGCAGAUGAAGGCCCAGUCGUUGUUGGACGACAUCAUUGAUCAAAUUUGA